AAGACUGUUGUUGUCUCCUUGUUCCUUCUUCCUUGUUUCUUCCCAGAGUGAGAGCGUGGCAUUUAUACCUUAUUACACUUUUCUUUUCUUACUUUUUUUAACCCUCAGAUGUUUCCAGUAAAGAAGACCAGCAAAAAAGUGAUCUUGGACAUCUGUGACAUGCAUCAGCACUUCUCUUGAUUCCCAUCUUUAUUAAAUAUUCAAACACUGAUUGUAAGUCAGAGCUAUAAAUGUGUGGAUGAAGUUAUUAUAUUAAAUAUCCUAAAUUAAGUGAUUACUAGUUUUGUGUCAGAACAAAAAUACUUGGGGUUGGGGUAAAAUUUUAAUACUGUGUGAUAGCUUGUAUAACAUGAUUUUUUUUGCCAAAAGAGAAUCACAAAAAUCUUCUCCAAGUAGGAAGGAAAUACAACUUGUACUAGUCUCUGUCUCAUGACAGAAGUGGAUAAGCUGCAUUCUCUCAAAACAAGUCUGGCAACAUUUGCGUCCAGAAAUGAAAGCACUCUUAGAGUUCUACUGUGUGCCAUUUUACAGCGGGACAUAAGCUUUCUUUAAAAAAAGAAAAACCGAGCAUUGUGUUAAAUAGUACAAUUUGUAGGUGCCUUUGUGGGAAUUUACUUGAUGAAAUACUCCAUGAGAAACUGUGAACAUGUUGGGAACCGGUUUGAUUUUGAUCAGAGUGAGUGAGCAUUAGUCAGUGUUUCUGACUCGUCAGAUAUACACACGCAGCUUCAUUCAGACUUAAUGAAUCAUGGAGGACAAAGAAACAUUCAGCGAUGAAGAUUUUUCUUCAGGAUGCAGUAGGAUAUCAAGGUCAUUGGAUUCCAAACAUGUGUCCAUGAAGAAUGACUGUUCUAAAAACAACAUUCUAACAUUUGAUGGAAAAGACAUAUCAACAGAUCUGUGGCAUAGAUCAAACUCACUGAAACACAGUGCCAUAAAGAGUGGAGCAUCUAUGAAAACGUCAGUAAUAUUCAAUGGGGAAAACAAAUCAAAUCUGAGUGACUCUCAACUGGCCCAAAGCAUGAUCAAAUCAAAUCUGGUGAAGAAGUUUGAGCGUCUAUAUGAAGGAACAGCAAAGCAGGGAAACACAACACUCCUGAAUGAGAUCUACACAGAGCUUUACAUCACAGAGAGUGAGAGUGGAGAGAUCAGUAAUGAGCAUGAGGUGAGACAGAUUGAAACACAAUCCAGGAGAGCAGCAACAGAGGACACACCAAUCAAAUGCAAUGAGAUCUUUAGACCUUUACCUGGACAAGACAAACCCAUCAGAACUGUGCUGACAAAGGGAGUCGCUGGCAUUGGAAAAACAGUCUCUGUGCAGAAGUACAUUGUGGACUGGGCUGAAGGGAAAGAGAAUCAGGACGUCCAGCUCAUAUUUCCACUUCCUUUCAGAGAAAUCAACCUGAUGAAGGACAAAACACUCAGUCUUUCAGAUCUUCUUCAUGUAUUUUACCCUGAAACCAAAGAUAUGGAAACAUCUAGUGAUGAAUAUAAAGUGUUGUUCAUCUUUGAUGGCCUGGAUGAGUGUCGUCUGUCUCUGGAUUUUCAGAGUGAUGUGAGGUUGUGUGAUGUAAGGGAAUCAGCAUCAGUGGACGUGCUUAUAACAAACCUUAUUGUGGGGAAUCUGCUUCCCUCUGCUCUCAUCUGGAUCACCUCCAGACCAGCAGCAGCUGAUCUCGUCCCCUCUGAGUGUGUCCAUCGAGUGACAGAGGUACGAGGCUUCAAUGAUCCACAGAAGGAGGAAUACUUCAGGAAGAGAAUCAGUGAUCAGAGUCUGGCCAAUACAAUCAUCUCACACCUGAAGUCUUCAAGGAGCCUCUACAUCAUGUGCCAUAUCCCAGUCUUCUGCUGGAUCUCAGCCGCUGUUCUGGAGAAGAUGUUGAGUGAAGCAGAAAGUGGAGAGAUUCCCAAGACUCUCACUCAGAUGUACACACACUUCCUGAUCCUUCAGACCAACAUCAAACAUGAGAAGGACUAUGAGAAGACAGUCAAAGAUGAAGAUAUGAUCCUCAAACUGGGGAAACUGGCUUUCCAGCAGCUUGUGAAAGGCAACCUGAUCUUCUAUGAGGAAGACUUGAGAGAGUGUGGCAUUGAAGAGACAGAAGCAGCAGUGUACUCAGGAUUGUGCACUCAAAUCUUCAGAGAGGAGUUUGGCUUGAACCAGGGGAAAGUCUUCUGCUUUGUUCAUCUGAGCAUCCAGGAACAUCUAGCAGCUCUAUAUGCACAUCUGUCCCUUAUGAAAAAAAACAGAAAUGUGUUUAAUACUCUGUCUUCUAGUCCUUUGAAGCAUUUGAAGAAGGCUUUAAAUGUUUCACUAUCUGAGCUGCAUCAGAGAGCUGUGAAAAAGGCCUUGAAGAGUAAAAAUGGACAUCUGGACCUUUUUUUGCGUUUUCUUCUGGGUCUCUCACUAGAGUCCAAUCAGACUCUCUUAAGAGAACUACUGACACAGACAGGAAGCUGCUAUUACAACAAAGAGGAAACAGUUAAGUACAUCAAGCAGAAGAUCAAGAGGAAUCGCUCUCCAGAGAGAUCCAUCAAUCUGUUUCACUGUCUGAAUGAACUGGGUGAUGAUUCACUGAUUCAGGAGAUCCAAGAUUAUCUGAAAUCUGGAAAAAUAAAAGAAACCAAACUCUCAUCUUCACAGUGGUCAGCUCUGGUUUAUGUGUUGCUGACAUCAGAGCAGAAGAUGGAUGUUUUCAAACUAAAACUGUUCAUUGGAUCCCAAAAUACAGCAGAUGAACUUCUUCAAAAGCUGCUGCAUGUGGUCAAAGAAUCCAGAUUAGUUCAGUUGAUGGAUUGCGGUGUUACAUAUGAAGGUUGUGCUGCUCUGGCUUCAGCUCUAAAAUCAAACCCCUCCCACAUGAGAAAUAUGAAUCUGUCAGUAAAUAAAGUAGGAGCAUCAGGAGUGAAGCUGCUCUCUGAUGGACUGAAGGAUCCUCACUGUAAACUGGAAAAGCUGCGGUUGGGUAAGUGUGGUGUCACAGAUGAAGGAUGUGCUGCUCUGGCUUCAGCUCUGAGAUCAAACCCCUCACACCUGAGAGAACUGGAUCUGUCACUUAAUAAACUAGGAGACUCGGGACUGAAUCUGCUCUCUGAUGGACUGAAGGAUCCUCACUGUAGACUGGAAACACUGCGGUUGAAUGAUUGUGGAGUCACAGAUGAAGGUUGUGCUGCUCUGACUUCAGCUCUGAGAUCAAACCCCUCACACCUGAGAGAACUAGAUCUGUCAAUGAAUAAAUUAGGAGCGUCAGGACUGAAUCUGCUCUCUGAUCUACUGAAAGAUCCUCUCUGUAUACUGGAGAUACUGCGGUUGAGCCAUUGUGUAGUAACAGAUGAAGGUUGUUCUGCUCUGGCUUCUGCUCUGAGAUCAAACCCCUCACACCUGAGAGAACUGGAUCUGUCUGGAAAUGAACUAGAAGACUCAGGAGUGAAUUUGCUUACAGCUGGACUGAAAGAUAUUAUCUGUAAACUGGAGAUACUGUGGUUGAGUGAUUGUGGAGUCACAUAUGAAGGUUGUGCUGCUCUGGCUUCAGCUCUGAGAUCAAACCCCUCACACCUGAGAGAACUGGAUCUGUCUGGAAAUAAACUAAGAGACUCCGAUGUGAAGCUGCUCUCUGCUCUGAAGGAUAAUCCACCUUAUAAAUUGGAAACACUUAAGUUUUAGAUGUUAGUCUGAUCUUCUCUGGAUCAGCUGAUGGUGAAUAAAGAGACACUACAGACAGACAUCAUUCAACAGAAUCAACAGACACAACCCAUAGUGAUCAUCACGCAUGUGUUUGUGUAACUUUCCAGAAUCAUCCCACUGUUAAUUCAGUCAAACAAUGAAACCUGAAACCUAUUUAUUCUUAUAAACAGUUUUACAUUACAAUAUUACCAUUUGUUUGUGAAAAUAUAUGUGCAUUCUGGUCAGUUCAUAUUAGAAAAUAUUUAAACUCAACAUAAAACAUGUAUAUGGAAUUGAAAUGUUUGUUUAAGCAAUUAAUUAAAGGU